CCCUAUCAUGGGCCUUAACAAAUAAACACGGAAGAAAAGGAGAGAUAAAGAAACGCCAUUUUUCGUGUGUCAUUGCUUUGUACGCAGUAAAAUUUGUUGUGUUUUCGAUAGCAAACCUCAAUCUUAUCGAGAUAGCAUUUUGAAGAAAUAAAAUGUCGAGCAGAAAGAAGACAUUAUUGAAGGUGAUCAUAUUGGGGGAUUCCAGUGUUGGAAAAACAUCCUUAAUGAACCAAUAUGUUAAUAGAAAAUUUUCAAACCAAUACAAAGCUACGAUUGGAGCAGAUUUUUUAACAAAAGAACUAACUGUUGAUGAUCGAACUGUUACAAUGCAAAUUUGGGACACUGCUGGCCAGGAACGUUUCCAGUCAUUAGGUGUUGCAUUCUACAGAGGGGCAGAUUGUUGUGUUUUAGUAUUUGACGUAACAGCACCAAACACAUUCAAAUCUUUAGAUAGUUGGAGAGAUGAAUUUUUAAUCCAAGCAUCACCCAGAGAACCAGAAAAUUUCCCUUUCGUUCUUCUUGGUAAUAAAGUUGACCUUGAACCUAGGGCUAUCUCUUCUAAGAGGGCGCAGCAAUGGUGCCAAUCUAAAAAUAAUAUACCUUACUUUGAGACAUCUGCAAAAGAAGGUCUAAACGUUGAGCAGGCCUUCUUAGCUAUAGCGAAGAAUGCUCUUGCCCAGCAGAAUUCAACUGUUGAUAUUUACAACGAAUUUCCAGAUCAAAUAAAACUCACUAAUACACAGAAAACUAACGGCAAUGGUGAUAGUUGUGCUUGUUAAGUUAAGGUACAUAUAAUUCUUUUAAAUUUUGCAUUAUAAUCAGUGCAGCCCAAUAUUGUGUUAUAAUACUAAGUGAAUAUUCGGUUUAACAAGGUUUAAUUUA